CACAUAAUUCCGUAUGACUUUUUAUCAUUCUUUUAUUUUUGAAUUGUUGUUUCAACCACUUGGGCCUGAGAUAAUUCGUUUGUAAUGGAACAGAAAUAGAAUCUCUUAUGUUACAAUCGUAGAGGGCAAAAUAUAUCAGCCAAUCAUAUUUUAUCAAAGAUUCAUAUAUAUAUAGACUAUUUGUUAUAUCUUUAUAUUGCAAUUAAUGCGAGUCAUGUUAGAAUAUCUGAUUAACAAUUAGCAAAAUGGUAUUAAAGGGACAUGUUUACUCCAUUGUGUUUUUUCAGAUAAUAGUCUUAUAGUUAUAUGAUAAUGAUGCAUUUAGGUUAUUUACAGGAAAAUGUAAAGUGUGGUUCAAAUACUUGCGACAAGAACGAGGUUUGUGACACCGAAACGAAGACGUGCAGAGUGAAAGAAUGUACACCUCCAAAAGAAUCUGACAGCGUUGACAUUUUGGGUAACAUGGCGUCCAUUGGAAGUAAGAAACAUGUCAGCUGUAAAGAGGGUUUCAUUCCGACAGCAGGAAGCAAAUUCGCAACGGUAGCUGAGUGUCACACUGAUGGCUGGGAGAACGAUCUGGAAUGUGUUCCUUUGACCUGCAAGGGACUUGCCGACAUGGGUGAAAAUACUUCUGGCAUGUACAAAAGUUACGAUGAAAGUAGCCAGAUCGUCAUCGACAUUUUUUGUGAAUUCAACGACGGCAUUAAAAUAGGCUACAGUUACUUAGCACCAGGCACACUAAGCUCUUCUGUUAACAUAUCCAAACAUUAUACUCGUAAGGAUCACGUCAUGCUGCGACAUGUGAGGAAUGACAAUGUGCAGUAUGAAUCAAAAAUGAAAAUCAUUUUUAUGAGAAGAAUAUUUCCUGUUUAA